GUCAAGCUGCAGGGGCGUUCACAGUACCUCGGAAUUUUGAGGAACUUGAGUUGUCUGACCAGAACACACAAGGAGUCCCAAUUUAGCCGAGUAGCUGUAAAGGAAAGGCACACCACACUUGUUUUUAACAUCCAUGUUCUUUUGGUCAGAGCGCAUUUUUACCACCUAUUCCACGUCAACAGCAUAAAACCGAUAUCCAACAAAGUUAAGCUCGAUUUUCGAAUAUUUCAUUGCUGAAAGUGGGUGAAACGUAUUUCGCAACAAACAUACCAAUCCGAAGCCGUCCGAGUGCUGUGAUUGGAAAACAUUGAUUUGGGCUUCUAAAACGACUCGGAGACGCAUUAAAGCGCGCGUGGCGGAGCACUUCUGACGCGGGUCAACACGUACAAAUCGAAAACGUUUCCGUGGCGUCACAGACCAGCGAGUGUUUGUCGGAGCUCACCUGACGACGAAAUCAGAGUGCUUAGGAGGACACAUUUAUGCACGCAACGCUGGUCGUGAUCUCCGACACAAAGAUGAUUUCAGAAGCUAACGUAACCGCUCGCACGGCCUUGAGCGCUUCAGGCAAGCCGAGUCAAAUAGUUGCGUUGCCGUCAAAAUUGCCUUGUAGCCUCGCUUUGGGUCGAACAAAGCAAACCGACGUUAGUAGGAUUAAGAAAUUCCAGAACAUCUAUCGCGUCAACACACCUGCACGUGGCGCAUUGGAGAAGUGCUGUAAGUAUGGCCGAUUCAAUGACACUCCGGAAUUUGACACACGCGAAAGAAACGCAAUACGCCCUCGAUACACUGCGCCUAAUUACUUGUAUACGUUUAAGAUUCGCAUUUAAAGUACGAGGCUGAUGCUUCCAAAACUCCACCCACGUUUUAUCACUCCAUGAGUUGCUAUUUUCAACGGUGAGUCUGGGAAUUCCAAUUGUCCAAAAAAUCACGAGAACGCAACACUUGGCCACCUUCACAAGUUUUCACGAAAAGCAAUUGAGUGAAAUGAGUGACACACUCAAGCAAGAAAAACCAUGCAAGGCUAGUUUACAUAUUCAUAAGUAACACGAGGAAAUUAUCAUUAUUAUUAGUUCCCAAAAUAUAUGCAUCGUUUUCUUUUAGUCUAGUGGUGCUCAAACCUUUUACACCAAGAAGGUUUUACCAUAUCGAAAAUAGUAUGAACUCUCAAGUACCACAAUCACAUUCCGCGACACGCGAGCCUCGGCCGAAACGUUUUCCCAUCGCUUCCGUGCCGCAAGGUCAACCAUAACAUAUUCGCCAUCGAGUGGACUCAACGAUUGGCUGCUAAGAGGACAAAAUAUUGAAUAAUAAUAAAUCUCCUUCAUAAGGCCCACGAUACAAUAUAGUUGCGUUUAAUCUUCAACAACUGCUUACUUGUUUUUUUGUUUUUACACUUAUUUGGGUACAAUUUAUUAAACUUUCAGAUACAAUACAUUUUAGGUUAAGUACAGUUUUUUAUUUUACAAUAUUUUACACAGUGUUAACGUUCAAACUGCAAACGUAACAGUCACUUACAAUAUCAAGUACAUGUGCGCUUUUUCUGAAUAAAGAAGUUUGGUGGUGGUGCCCGGUGGGGCUGCAGGCACAGAAUGGCAGCCACUCUCGGCCCAGGCGAGCAAUUGUAAAGCGGCUUUGAGUUCCUUGAAAAGCGUUAUAUAAGAGUACCUGUAAUGCAUUAAUGUUGGUGGAAUGUGAUUUUUUUUUUUUCAAUAUAAGUUAAUAAAAGAGGAAGCUUUUGUGUGCAGUUUUUUUUUAAGUCGUCCCAAGUUAUCAAAAAGGUUAUGUAUAUAAUUUCCAAUAAAAAAUAACGUUUCCUUUCUUACAGUCCAAUGAGUACUUUGACUUUUACCAGUCAGUCUUUUUGCUUUUUUUCCUCUCUUAUCAUUUGUAUUUCUACUUGAGCACGGAGAGUGAGUGCGUUUUGUCACCUUUGAAAAUAGUAUAUACAUACAGUACAAUAGACAAGAAAUUUUGUUUUAGCAAAUGAUAUAAUCAAUAGAUAUUUGUUCCAUAUCAGCAUGUGUAUUGAUGGCGGCUGUGUGUAUUUUCUACAUAUUCAGACCUCUUGACAUGUCGAUGAGCCUCUUAACUCAGCUAACGGUCACACAGUGUUACUGAUUGCAAAGCGAGUAAAUAAACAACGAUUCGAGUACACCGUACACACAGUACAAGCCUGAUUUAAAGUUUGGGCGUUGCUGACACGACAUGACUCAAUUCUUGUGAACGGGUUGCAUGCGCAAUCUACUAAAGAGUAGAUCUCGCGCCCCACCAAGACAUUGCGCGAUCUGUUCACCCGCUUAGUAAAUGAGUACACGAUUUGACGAUUGGUACCGCACUACCAUUUUCUAUGCCUUGCAAAUUUCAGCUGGUUUUGAGGGGGCGAUCCUGUCUCGUGAAAAGUGGCCACUGUUUCCCUCUCCCCUCUUCACUGCUCGGGCUAUACGGACUUGAAUUACGACAACAACUGGGGGCGGAACUAGGGCGUUAAGACGAGGCACGUGGGUUGUACUUAAGGAAGUGGGAGCUCCCCGACUAAAUAAAAAAGGCAAGCACCGAUGAAGACAAAAUCAUUUUCACUCGUGGAGACAGGAUUUUAUACACUUGUGAAUAAGUAUCCAGAUUGUUGUACAUCUGGGUGGCGCAUGCAACAUCUUCGUUCUAUGUGCCACAGGAGCAUAAUGUCAGGAGUCGAAAGGAUAGGGACCAAGGAAUUCUGGAGGGCCGUGGCUGCAGAAUUCCUGGCCACGCUCCUAUUCGUGUUUCUCGGAUUGGGCUCCACCCUCAAUUGGUAUGAGGCGAAUCCAAAUCCUGUGCCACCUCCAAGUCCGGGAGAUCCUCCUCAGGCGGACCACAGGGUCCUCAUUUCGCUUUGCUUCGGCUUAACCAUUGCCACCAUGGUGCAAUGCUUUGGCCACAUAAGCGGCGGGCACAUCAACCCAGCUGUGACUCUGGCAAUGCUCGUGACCAAGAAAGUGAGCAUAGUAAAGGGGGCGUUCUAUGUGGUGGCCCAGCUUGUGGGCGGCAUCGCAGGUUCCGGACUCCUGUACCUCAUCACACCUGACAAACGAAGGGGGACGUUGGGCGUCUGCACGGUGCAUCCGGAUAUCAACCAGGGGCUCGGCCUACUGGUGGAGCUGCUCUUAACGUUCCAGCUGGUCUUCACCAUUUUUGCCACGUGCGACUCCAAACGGACUGACCUCGGCGGAUCUGCUUCCUUUGCCAUCGGUGUGUCCAUAACAAUUGGUCACUUAUUUGGGAUCCCUUACACUGGAGCCAACAUGAAUCCUGCUCGUUCCUUCGGUCCUGCGCUCGUCACGCUGAGCUUUGAUCAGCACUGGGUGUACUGGAUCGGGCCCAUCCUGGGUGCCAUCAUGGCGGGACUCCUGUAUGACUUCCUGUUCUGCCCGGACUGCUGCAAACCCAGUCCGGGGCAGGUGAUUCCCAAGGCCCAAACGGGCACCUACAAGGAGGUGGACAAGGAUGGCCCGGACUCCAUGCAGCAGGUCAAGAAGAAGAAGAGGACCGAGAGAAAAGACCCGCCGCCGACGAGAGAAGUGUUGUCCACUGUCUGACGAGCACGUGCGCCGGAAAUGGACAGCAACGUGUAAGAGAGAAUGACAACAGAUUUGCCUUUCGUCUUCAGUCCCCUACCCUGCACCUCCGAUGCUUUCAGAUAAUUCAUCCUUGAAUGCGUUUUGAGUCCAACAGGCUUUGUGCACUGAGCAAUUUAGAUUACGUGUUCCCACAUAGCUUUGCUCGCAGCAGAAAAGACAGUCUGCAGUGCAAGCGAGUGUGGAAGCUCCACCAAUUACGUAGGGUCGUUGAUCGAGUGAGGAAGAAAAUGUGGCCUUGUUAUUUUGGGAUUUGUGUCACAUUAGUCCAUGCAAAGUGCAUGUCAUGUAUAAGCGUAUUACUGCACAAUUAAUAUAAGGUGACUGACUGCUCUCUAUUUUCAGUGCAUAGGUGUAUGCACUCAUGGAAAACGCACUCUUUGUAAAAAUGUUCAUUUUUACUUUUUUAUUUUUUGCAUAUUCACUGAAUAAUUGCAGUGCAUGCCCUGGAAGAUUAUAUGGUUGUAAAAAAAAUUAUCUGCACUGGUUUACUAGUUUUAGUACAUCUAAUAUAAGAUGAACGAUCUGAUCUGGAAUUGGUGCUAUGACAAUUUUAUGUAAGAUAUGAUAAUAAAGUUGAUUUCCCAAA